GCCGGAGUAGAUUCUCAUCCACCCCGACCUCUCUCAACAGCCCAAUUUCUCUGAUGCAUAGUCAUUAGUUGCAUGAUCUGACGGACAGUUCUGUCUGUUUUAAUUCGACGAUAUCUGGAGUCAAAUUAUUCACGAUUCUUUUCCCUUUCCCACGACCUACGCUCACACCUUGUCCUCCGAGCAAAGACCGCGCUCUGGAGACAUCACCACCCGCCGUUUUGACUGAGAAUUGACUAGCACUUUCCCGCGAACCAAGUUAAAAAUGGCUUCGGGGACUUCAGGACCAGCAGGGCCUCCUCUGGAUCCCAUCAAUCUGAAUGGCGCCAACGAUCGUGGCAAGAGAGUCGCCUAUUUCUACGACUCCGAUGUGGGAAACUAUGCAUAUGUGUCGGGGCAUCCGAUGAAGCCUCAUCGCAUCCGGAUGACACAUAGUUUAGUGAUGAAUUACAGUCUCUAUAAGAAGAUGGAAAUAUAUCGUGCGAAACCGGCCUCGAAAUUCGAAAUGACCCAAUUCCACACCGAUGAGUAUAUCGAUUUCCUUUCCAAAGUGACCCCCGACAACAUGGAGACGUAUGCGAAAGAGCAGAGCAAGUACAAUGUCGGUGAUGAUUGCCCUGUAUUCGAUGGUCUUUUCGAGUUCUGCGGCAUCAGUGCUGGCGGUAGUAUGGAGGGCGCUGCCCGGCUCAACCGCAACAAAUGCGAUAUUGCUGUGAACUGGGCGGGCGGUCUCCACCACGCGAAGAAAAGUGAAGCUAGUGGAUUCUGCUAUGUGAAUGACAUUGUUCUCGGUAUUCUUGAGUUGCUUCGUUUUAAGCAACGAGUCCUAUAUAUUGAUAUAGAUGUUCAUCACGGUGAUGGUGUUGAAGAAGCGUUCUAUACCACAGACCGUGUGAUGACAGUCUCGUUCCACAAGUAUGGAGAGUACUUCCCCGGUACAGGUGAACUGCGAGAUAUUGGUGUCGGACAGGGUAAAUACUAUGCUGUCAACUUCCCCCUCCGUGACGGUAUUGAUGAUGUCUCGUACAAGAGCAUCUUUGAACCCGUUAUUAAGAGCGUGAUGGAGUGGUACCGUCCAGAGGCCGUUGUUCUUCAAUGUGGUGGCGACAGUCUUUCGGGUGAUCGCCUUGGGUGCUUCAAUCUCAGCAUGCGUGGCCACGCCAACUGCGUCAACUAUGUAAAGAGUUUCAAUCUACCGACCUUGAUCCUCGGAGGUGGUGGAUACACUAUGCGCAACGUUGCACGAACCUGGGCUUUUGAGACCGGUAUACUUGUUGGGGACCCUCUGGGAUCCGAUCUUCCUUACAACGACUAUUAUGAGUAUUUUGCGCCUGAUUAUGAGUUGGACGUUCGCCCAUCAAAUAUGGACAACGCCAACACAAGGGAAUACCUAGAUAAAAUUCGCACACAAGUUGUCGAGAAUCUCAAACGAACAGCAUUUGCACCCUCGGUACAAAUGACGGAUGUUCCCCGUGAGUCGCUGGUAGAUGGCAUGGAUGAUGAAGCCGAGGCAAUCCUUGACGACUUGGACGAAGAUGAGAAUAAAGACAAGCGAUUCACAAAGCGGCGAUUUGAUCAAUACAUUGAAAAGCCUGGCGAGCUCAGUGAUAGCGAAGAUGAGGACGAAAAUGCUGCCAACGGAGUCAGCCGUAAACCAGACCACCUGAAACGACGAAACCAAGUCAACUAUCGACUCGACCUUGCGGAUUCUGGGGUUGAAAGUGGAAUGGCAACCCCGCAGGAUGCUUCCUCCGUCCCUGAUGACGAAAUGGACACUGGUGUCGAUGAGAAAAUGACAGAAGCGCCUGAACCCGUGGCUGAGUCUGAAGCACAAGGGACAUCUUCCGCUGCCGAACCGCCAUCCAGGGCGGACAAUGGGUCUAUUGAAGAGCCUAGUGAAAUGGCAAUCGAUACAAAAGAACCAGCCCCCACUUCUGUCCCUAUUUCUCGCCCGGACUCUCCCAAACCAGACGAAGAUACGGCCAUGGAAGAUGCAGAAGCCACCGCACCCGAGACAGAGCAAAAGGAUGCGCCAGCCCCGAGCGAGACUAAAGACGACAAUCCCGCAGAUGAAAUCACGGCGGCAAAUAAUGCGGCGACUGAGUCCACCCCGCAAACGAAUGCCCCCUCUGAGGGCAACGAGGGCGAAGCGCAGAAGGAACCAGAGGCCACAAAGGAAGCAGAGCGUACAGAAUCAGGGACGACUAAGACCAAGGACAAGUCUCCCGAAGCACCUCAGACAGAAGAAUCUACUGCUGUGAAACCAGAACAAGAGACAUCCAAGUCGAAGGAGCCAAGCGCAGAGCCACGGCCCGAAGUUGCGCAAAGUGAGGAAUAAACGCAGCAAUGAUGGCAGCGGCGUUUGUACUCGGGUUCCUGGCGCAAAGGGCAUGGUGUUUAGGCAAACUAUCUUGGGCAUGACUUCAAAGGAGGUUUCUUCUUCUUCUUCUUUUUCUUUCACAUUAUGUUAUAACGCUUUAUAUUUGAGCGUAGUGAUGAAAUAAUACAUGUAACUCAAUUGCACUUGUAUGCGCCGUUCAUCCGUACAGGCAUAAUUACUCUUGCCCUAGUUAGUUACUUCGUCUUGCACUGACCAAGCAUACAGCUGACUAAUAAAACUAAGAGGUCAUUUCCCAG